AUGGCGGCAUUGCCGGGCGGUAAUGCCGAGCAGCGGCUGAGGCUCCUACUCUCAGGGCUGAAGCCCGGGAUCCAAGUCCCCCGGGUCGGGCCUGUCGCCGCGUUCGGCUCCUCUGUGAUCUCUGCCAAGGCGGCGGUGAACGGCGUCCACCUGCACUACCUGUGCACCGGAGACGGAGAGCACGCCGUCCUGCUGCUCCCGGGGAUGCUGGGCAGUGGAGAGACAGAUUUUAGACCUCAGAUUGAGAACCUGAAUAAGAAGCUCUUCACGGUGGUUACCUGGGACCCCCGCGGAUACGGACACUCACGACCCCCGGAUCGGGAUUUCCCAGUGGACUUCUUUGAGCGAGACGCAAAAGAUGCCAUUGAUUUGAUGCAGACGCUGAAUUUUAAGAAGGUCUCUUUGCUGGGGUGGAGCGACGGGGGGAUAACAGCCCUCAUCGCGGCCGCACGGUACCCCUCGUAUGUCAGCAAGAUGGUGGUCUGGGGGGCCAACGCCUACGUGACCAAGCAGGACAUGGAGAUUUACCAGGGACUCCGGGAUUUUUCUAAGUGGAAUGAGAGGACGAGAAAACCUCUGGAAGCCCUCUAUGGGUUCGACUACUUUGCCAGAACCUGUGAAAAGUGGGUGAAUGGCAUGGACCAAUUUAAGCGUCUUCCAGACGGGAGCAUCUGUCGGGACCUGCUCCCCCUGGUCCAAUGCCCCACCUUAAUCGUGCACGGCGAGAAGGAUCCUCUGGUCCCACGUUUCCAUGCCGACUUCUUACACAGACACGUGAGAGGGUCACGGCUCCAUCUGAUGCCAGAAGGCAAGCACAACCUGCAUUUACACUUGGCAGACGAAUUCAACAAGUUAGUGGAAGACUUCCUCCAGUGA